AUGCCUUUACCUACAUCCGGUUCGAUCCCGUUGAUCGCUCCUAGAACUGAUCAACAGCCUAAUCAAGCUUAUCUCAUCAAGUUCCCAGAAGAAGUAUGGUCCUCACUUCAGGAAUACGCUGGAGGAGGAAUAGAGGUGACUGUAGCAGCAGAUGGGAAGAUGACACUUGAUAUACCUAAUUUACCUCCUACACCACUUGAUCCUAGAUCAUCAGCAAUACCAUCCGAACUUCUCUUAUACAACCCAAAUACACCUAGUUUAUCUCUCAAUGCGAUAGCGACUGAUCGAUUGAAUAUACCUUUGAGUUCAGUUUCGACUUCCAGAGCAGCUGAUAAACUCAAAGCUCAAGGCGAUGCUAUCGAUAGAGAAAGAAAAGAACGUUCAGUUAGAGUCGAAGGUUCUGCACCACCUUUAAACAAUAAUAAGAGAAAUGUCGAAAAGUUUGCUCCUGGAAUCGGGAUUGCAAACGCAAGUUCUAUAAUGGCUAGAACCAAUAGUUCUCCUCAAAUCAAAAGUUCAACUAUCACACCUGCAGCUACGACAAAUGGUACAGGUACGGGUACGGGUCAAAUGAUACCUCUUAAAACUAGAGUCAUGCAAUUAUUGGCUCUGGGUCCAACUACCGUAUCAGAUAUAAUUAGAAGAGUUGGUGGAGAUGAACAAAAUGUCAUGAGAGUAGUCAAUGUAGUCGGUAGAGCUUCUUCCACUCAUCCACCAACAUAUACACUUUUACCCAAUCAAUAUUCCAAAAUCAAAUUAGGUCCAGGACAAUGGAAAUAUACAUAUGCGGAGCAACAGCAAGUGAUUCGACUUGCGAGAGAAGCUUUUGAUGAACUUGAUUUAUCGCCUGAUGCAGAAGAAAGAGCUGAAUUAGAUAGAAAAGAAAGUGAAUUGGAAGCUGGAUAUCAGAGUGCUGCAAGUUCUAGUGGAUCAAGUCAAGAAAAACUCUUAUCCUCUACUAACAUGACUGCUACCGCUGCCACCGUUGCUACUGUACCUUCUGUUCCACAAAAUGGAUUAUCAAUUGCACCUCCACAAUCAAACGCUCCAUCAGCUGCAAGAUCUAAAUCUAGUAACGGUACGACGAGUAAGAAGACUGGACCUCAAAGCAAAAUUGCGAGAGAAAGAGCAAAAUUCAUGGCUGAGAAAAAUAGAUCAUCAAGUUUACCGAAUACCAAACAACCAGAAGGUACUGCUAGUCCACGUAUAGUCCCCAUGGAAAUCAAAGCGACCCCAAAAGAAAAAGAGAAAGAAAAAGUGGAACCAAAGGAGAAAAAGACAAAGGAUAAUGGCAGAAUCAAGGAGAAAGAAAAGGGACACGGGAAAGGGAAAGGGAAAGAAGUCGACUACUCUUCAGAUGAUGGUGAAGAUGAUGAACCUCUCAGGGGACGAGCGAUGAACAAGGAGAAGAAAGCAAAAGAAGAUCCAGCGAGGAAAGAACGACCCACUUUGGCUGAGCGAGUCAAGGAGAAAGAAAGGGCUAAAGCAAAAGAAAAGGAAAGGAUAUCACCGACGAGGAAGAAAAGGGAUUAUUCAUCAUCAUCAGAUUCUGGCUCCGGUUCUGGGUCUGGAUCAGAAGAAGAAGGUGAAAUUCGUGGUAGACCGGUUUCCAAAAUUAGGAGAAACUCUUCUCCAACGAGAACGAGUACAUAUUCAACGAUUGCAACUUUUAAACGUAAAUCACCUCCUAGUGAAUUAGUAUUGACAUCAUCAACAAAAUCAACUUCUAAUUCAGCAUCAUCUUCAACUCAUCCUUUUUCUGCACCUCUACCCAAAACUUCUUUGGACAGUAACAAAUCAGGUAAAUCCACUGCAUCAGAUCCUGAACCUGAUCAAGAAAAGUUAAGAGAUAGAUACGAAGAGUUGUAUCCCGCUUAUCAAUUAUUGACUAAACGAUUAAGUAAAAUCCAUCAAGCUGCUGAAACGGGUUUGAACGUUGAUAUGGAUCAACAAGAAGUAAGCAAAUUAGUCAAUAAAUGGGAAAAAUGGCAUAAUGAAUUACAAGGUAUAAGAAGAUGGUUCAGUGAAUCGUGA